CUGAAAACAAUAUGAAUUCAACCAACCAAUUAUAAUUAUAAACCCAUAAAUAUACCAAACUCACCAAACUUCAAACUCAUUAUAACAAAUCUACUACUAAUGGAGAGGGUGUUUUCAGUUGACGGAAUUUCAGACCAUUUCUGGUCACCACCACCACCGCCGGCGACGGCGCCAGCUGAUUCUGAGUCAUUCCAAAUGUUGAAAAUGAACAGAAGCUCAUCGGAAUGGGCUUUUCAACGGUUUCUUCAAGAAGUUAAUUCUGUCGCCGCGUCUAAUUCUAAUUCUACAGCUUCUAAUUCUGAUUCUUCUUCUAACCAAUCUAAUAGUGACACGUCUGUUGUUGUUAAUGUCGUGGAGAUUAAGGAGGAUACUUCUACUUCUGGCAUGGUUAGUAAUGCUAAAGGUGGUAAUAAUGGGGUAGGGAUACAUUCGAAGCCGCCGCAUCCUCCGCCGGCGGCGGCGGUGGAUGGUCCUCCUUCGAGUAUUCCGGUGGAAUCUGAAGAUUAUCAGGCUGUUCUUAAAAGUAAACUCAAUUUGGCUUGUGCUGUUGUUGCUCAGUCCCGGGCAUCUUUUUUGAGAACUCAUGAAUCUUCUGCUAGAGCUGACAGUGGAUCACAAGCAUCUAAUACUUCUCAAUUAGGAUCUCAUGCUCCUUCUAAAGGAGUUGGAUGUGAUGUAAUUAGGUCUCAAGAUGUGGAUGGCAAUGAUUCAGUUGAAAUACCUUCCUUGCCGCAAAAGAAAUCCGCAGUUUCUGUAAAGCCAACGACAAGUGGAUCAUCAGAUUCAGAGGAUGAUGAAAAUGAAGGAGAAACUGAACUAACUGAGAAUAUGCACCCUGCUGAUGCAAAACGCGUAAGAAGAAUGCUUUCAAAUAGAGAGUCAGCUAGACGAUCCAGAAGAAGAAAGCAGGCUCAUUUGACGGAGCUCGAGACUCAAGUUGCUCAACUCAGGGUUGAAAAUUCCUCCCUGCUAAAGCGUCUCGCUGACAUAAGCCACAAGUACAAUGAAUCAGCUGUUGAUAACAGAGUUUUAAAAGCCGACGUUGAAACAUUGAGAGCGAAGGUGAAGAUGGCUGAGGAGAUGGUGAAAAGGCUUACAGGGCUGAGUCCUAUGUUUCAUAAUAUACCUGACAUAUCCACAAAUCGCAUGCCUUCGUUUGAUGGAAUCCCUUCCGAUACAUCAACAGAUGCUGCAGUUCCCGUGCAAGAUGACACAAAGCAUCAGUUUGAUCGGCCCUCAAACAAGCCUAUAUCCACUCAUGAUCUAAGAGUCAACAAUGCUUUGGCAGACAUAUCUUCCGUCGAAAAUGUGCAGCCAAAUUCUGCAACAGCAGGUUUAGGAGGGAACAAGAUGGGCCGGACACCUUCCUUGCAGCGAGUAGCUAGCUUAGAGCAUCUGCAGAAACGGAUCCGAGCUGGUGCAACUCCUUGCGGAACCCAGUCCAGCGGUGAGCAGUAGUAAAAAGCAAAACGGCCUCUAUACGAAGAAGUUUAACUUAAGAAUGUCAAAUGCAUUUUGCUGCAGUAUUAUUUUCGAAUCAAUUGUAUGUCAUACAUCUAUUCAUCAUGCCGACCAUGUGUUGGAUUAAACUAUUAUUAUUAUUAACCUUCAAUUAACUGUGUGACAACAGAUUGCUGUAUAGAAGAACAAUAACACUUCAUCAAUAUGAUUGACAAUUUUCCCAGGCUAUGCAUCAUAGCCUUA